UCUGACAGUGACAAACUCAGUGAAAACGAUAAGAUUCAUUAUUAAAGUUUGAAAUUUCCUUCUAUUUAAUUUAACAUUAUCGAUCAUCAAAAUAAACAAAUUCAAUUAAUUCACUCAUAUUGAAAUGAUGUAUUAACUUGAUAAAACCCAACAGGAUUUGUGUAUUAAUUUUAAAAUUUUUGCUACACAGUAUUGUUUCAGAGACAAUAAUGUUACUAACCAAUGUGCUGUUCAAAAAGGCCAAAAGCAAACACAUUAUGGUGCUCAUGGAGAGUAUGGUAUCUGGACAUAAAUUCAAUUAUAUAAGAGAGAGGCUAGCUGAUAAAUUGGAGCUCAUUCGUUUUGACCCAUUCAUACAACAAGAAAGUCUGUAUAAAGAGCGAAAGAAAAUAAGAAGUAUCAAGUAUAUGAAGAGCGAAAGAAAAUAAGAACUAUUAAGAGAUUGUAAAUAAAAUGUAGAUAAGAUUUCAUAUAGUUUAUUUAAGUCAUUGUACUUUAGAAGUAAAUAAAUGUUUGGAACAUAAA